AUGCCUCGCCGUCGCCAUGCCAAGCGAUCACCAGGAGCAUUACCUAUACCCAAAAAGCGCAGAGCAGAAGAUGACAGUGAUGCUGGCCCAAGCAAGAAGCGAAAGGAUGGAGACGCAACAGAUGCUGCUGCUUCUAAACCUGCACCCAUCGAUGUACAGAAACUACUAGCUGACCUGAAGAUCGAUUACGCCAAAAAGGCACCACCUCCAAACCCACCAAUACUUGGGAAAAAGCAGGCCUGGGGAAAGGCCAAGGACGGCGUGAUCAAAGAUAUCGAAAGGGCCCCUAAGGGCUGGAAUUCCGAUGAGCCUGAUCUACUGCCUGAUGACUUGGAUGCGCAGAUCAAACGAUGCAAUGAGAGGAUCAAAGAUGGAAUUAUGCCUCAGGUCUAUGAACUCAAACUGCGGGAGCUCGAAGCAAAGCAGAAGGGACGCCAGAAGUUGAUGAAGGAGAACCUUGGACUGCCUUGGCCCGUGGUUAAACGCCUUGACGGGCUGCGGGAGAUCCAGGAAGCGCUUGCGACGGGACUGGGCCGGUAUCCGAAGGAGUCCAGUGAUGAGGACAAGGCCAAGCACGGAAAUCAACUCGAUGCCGAAAGCAUGAGUAAAACUGCGCGUGCCAUCGUGGAAGCUUACACAACGGGCAAACUGCAGUGGAAUCCGGGAUUUGUCACCUAUUGGUGUGAUGGAAAGCAGCUCUGCAGCCCUAGGCCGUUCAGAUUGGAUGAAUAUCGUGUCCUCCACGAUCUAAACAAAGGACAUGCAUCGUUUUGGGUGGAAGGGAUGGACAUUUGUCUUCGCAUCCCGGCCAUUCAGCCGCAGCCGGGACAAUCUGAUCCAGCUGCUGCUCCACCAGCACCACGGCGGACUAAUACGCCACUUUCAUUCAAAUGUCUUGAGGACACUGGGGCCUCAGACAUGCUCAUAUACAACAGGGACGUGGAGUACCUGCAAACAUUAGAUCGCGAUUAUAACGGGAACCCGCAUCCGCUGCCCCGGUCCUUGGGUGUUUGUAAUUACGGAAUGGCGAACGGUAGCAAUGUUUCCAUGGCGGUCAGAGAGUUCGAAGUCAACAUGUGGGAUCCAGCAAAGCACAGUUAUGUGUUUGCCGACUGGGAGGCGAUCCCAGUUUGUCUCAGGGAUGGUGAACCCACUGUGCAUGGUCGGUUGAAUGGGCCAUGGGUUCGGAACAGGCUUUACUGUGCAACUGCUCCUGAUCGAACAAACCAACUGUGGAUGUUCGACUAUAACCCUGGAACAAACAUUCCUACCGCGACUACGGCUCAGAUGACUGCUCCCUAUGAAAUGCCUUAUCUUGAGUGA